UUUUGGCCACAUUUAAGAAGUCGCGUUGAACGAGGAAAUUGCACAGUUGACUUUUAACUCGACAUCGGAUACAAAGUGGACAAUUUAUUCUCCGAGAUUUUGAAGUACUCAUAAUUACACUUUGAUAUUAAGACAUGGUUUGCAUUUGCUUUCCUGCUGGGACCACGGUCACUACGAAGAGAGGAGUCAAAAAUAUCGAGGAUUUACGCCCUCUUGAUAAAAUUUCGACUCUGAAAGGCUCAAGUCUUAAAUGGACCACAUUUUACACAUGGGGUCAUUACGAGAAAGAUGGAAUUGCCGAUUUCUUGGCAAUUAAAACCGAGAAUGGAAAACAGCUCACAAUUUCCAGUGAGCAUUUGCUCUUCGUUGUUGGAGAGAAUGGCAACAAGGUCGCACAGAAAGCUGGAAAUAUUUCUCCAGGUGACAAAUUGCUGCAUUUCGAUGAAACUGGUGCUUUGGCAUUACUUCCGGUGACUGAGAUUCAAACUGAACAAUUCACUGGAAUUUUCGCCCCUUUCACAAUGACUGGACAUUUCCUUGCGAAUGGAUUUUUGGUUGCAUGUUAUGCAAAUGUGGACAAUUUUUCUCUGGCUCAUGCAGUUUUGACUCCACUUCGUGCAUGGCACAAAGCUCGAUAUCCAUCCGGCAGAAAACAACAGCAGAAGGAAGGAAUUCAUGAAUAUGCUGCUCAUCUCAUGAAAAUUCGCAACUUUCUUCCAGAAAAACUGCAGUGCAACUGAUGUAUUUUUACAAUCAUACAUUUGUUAGCAAUAUGUAAUUUUAGAGAUAAUACAAUACAAUAAAUAAAGGUUCACUAGAUUUUGACUCUUAUUUAUUCGAUUUGACAAUAAAAUUACAGUAUUAGUUUUUC